AUGGAGCUGGCUGGGCUGGAAGAGCAUCUGCGCAAGCUGCUCUUCCAGACCGGGGCGUUCACGACGGCCUGGUCCUGGGUGCUCGUCUACUAUGGCACGUGGCAUUUGCUCGCCGGCGAGAGCCCGCUGCAAGGGCAGGCCGGCCUCGGCGCGCACGCCGAGCGAGAGGGCAUGCUCUUGCUUCUCGCGCCUUAUCUCGCCGUGUGCGCAUCCGCCGCCGUGCUCCUGACCCAGCUGAAGGCGGCCCCUGGACCCAUGACUGGCGCCAUAGUGGCUGCUGUCGAGUUCUUUCCGUCACCGAUCUUCACCGCCACGAUGCUCGCAUUCCUUGGCCGCUUUUCCAGCGGAUUCGCUCUUAGCAUCUGGAACCUUGGAAUAUCUUGGGCGGUGGCAUUUGUGGUGCACUUGCUGCCCACCACGGGUUGCGCUGGCAAGGUCGGCGACGUCGUCCGCAAGACUGUGGGAUUCGGCCUGGGCGUGGCUUGGAACAACCUCUUCAGUCGCGCGGCUCCCGAAGGCUACCAGAUCAUGGCGAGCACGAUCUACCUGGGCAUUGUGGUGCUUCUAGCGGCCCACCUGGCCGCUCCUGAGCCUCGCGCAGAUGCCACCCUGAGAUCACGGCAUGCCGCAAUGAUGUGCUUCGCCUCGCGCGUCGUGUGCGCCUUCUCGCUGUCGGGCUGGCUAUCAAAAGUGAUGCCCUUGUCGGGCCUGCUCGGAGAUGUGUGCUCGCUGGUGCUGCUUCUGCUGCUUGGCGCAGUGCUGUCAGGCUGGCUGGCCCGCGCAGACCUGGAGGGGGGCGGCCCCGCCUGGGCGGAGGAGCGAGCGCAGAAGCAUGACUGGGGCAGUUGCCUGUUGCGCGUCUUGAUCUUCGUGCCUUGUGUGUGGUGCUGCUGUCCCUGGAUUCCUGUGCUCUGGCUCUUUGCCGGCAGCGGCCCUGGCGUGAAGGAUCGGUGGCUCUCGCUCGCCACCACAGUCUGCGCGCUUGCUGCCUCGGUGGUGGCCACGAACCUGAUCACUGGCUCCAUUGACAUGCUCGCAGCUGCUGGUGGGAUUUGCGACGCACAAACUUGCAACGCGCUAUCCUUUCUGGCUUUUGAAGGCGCUGCCGCAGCUGUUGUUUCGUAUGUGUUGCUCCAAGGGAUCAGUGAGAUCGACGACACUCCCAAAGAGGGCGAGCUCGAGCCAAAUUUAUAUCAAUCUGGUCCUGUGCUCUCUCGCUCUGGGCUCUGCUAA